AUGGUGAAAGUUCUCUUGACUGGCGGUAGCGGCUUUAUCGCCGCUCACAUUGUUGACAUUCUGCUGCAGCAUGGUUUUGAUACUGUAUUUACUGUGCGCUCCGACGACAAGGGUAAACGAAUCCUUGAGAACCACCCAGAUGUGCCAAAGGAGAAGCUUUCCUACGUGAUUGUCAAGGAUGUUGCUCAAGAUGGCGCGUUCGACGAGGCUGUCAAGUCUAACCCUCCAUUCGACUAUGUCCUUCACACCGCAUCACCUUUCCACUUCAACGUUCAGGACCCUGUGAAAGAUUUCUUGGACCCCGCGAUCAAGGGAACUACUGGCAUUCUGAAGGCUAUCAAGGCCUAUGCUCCUACCGUGAAGCGUGUUGUUAUCACCUCGUCAUUUGCUGCCAUCGUGAACCCCAAGCAGCACCCGAAGGUUUACAGCGAGAAGGAAUGGAACCCAGUUACCUGGGAAGAGGCUUUGGAUCACGCCAACGUCUACCGAGCUAGCAAGACCUUCGCCGAAAAGGCCGCCUGGGACUUUGUUGAGAAGGAGAAGCCUAACUUUGACAUCGCCACUAUCAACCCCCCACUUGUGUUUGGUCCUAUUGUCCACUAUCUGAAUUCGCUCGAAGCCAUCAACACAUCCAACCAGCGGAUGCGAAACAUCAUUCAGGGCCAUUUCAAAGAGCAGAUUCCUCCCACGGGCACGUUCCUCUACGUUGAUGUUCGUGAUGUGGCACUUGCACACGUUCGAGCCAUCGAGGUCCCUGAGGCUGGUGGUAAGAGAUUCUUUGUCACUGCUGGUUUCUUUUCCAAUAAGGAGAUUGUGGAUGCGGUGCGCAAGUCCCACUCGGAAUUGGAAUCUAAGCUCCCCGCCAAGGACACCCAGAGUGAUUUCCCAUCGGAUAUCUAUGAGAUCGAUAAUAGCAGGUCAAAGGAGAUCCUGGGAAUCAAGUAUCGGUCCUUCACGGAGACUGUGGCAGAUACAAUCAGCUCUCUGCAGGAGGUCGGCGCUUAG